AUGGCUAAAAUGUAUGGUGGCAUAGAACCUGAUUACUUUGACAUUGCUGCUAUUUAUGAAAUCAAAUUUCCUCCUUCUAUUUGGAGUGAACUAACCGAGAAACAAAAGGAACUAGCAAAGGAAAAAGGACAUAGUGAACUAAAGCUAAAAGAUGAAGUUCAAGACUAUAAAUUUAAAGACAAAGUUAGAUCUAAUCCUGUCCGAGGCGAGUUAGACCCUAAUGACCUUAGCAAUUUAGAUAAUAAUGCUCUUUUUUACGGAGCACCUCGCACCGGUAAGUCAAUAAUGGUUGAAAAGAUGGCUUAUGAAAUUGAUAAAUAUCCAUUAGUAGUAAUUCAAGGCUCCACUUUAACCCCUAAAAAACCUGAUAAUGAUAUUGGUGCUACUCUUUUAAUAAAGUUUAUUUACACCGUUAGUGAUAUAACUCACAAGUUAGUAGAAGAUUUUGGUUUCGAAAGAGAUGAAAAAGAUGGCGAAGUUCGUUAUAUUUUGUUCCUAGAUGAAUGCGACCAAAUUUGCACAACUCAUUUACUACCUCCCAAAGAUGCUUCUUCCCAACUAACCUUUUUAAAAGAAUGCAUGGGCAGCGAUAGUAAAGAAGAAGAGAAAUUUAUGCAAUAUGCUACUGAUGCGGGAAUUAAUGCUCAAUUUCCGCAACGUAAGUUCAUUGAUAAAAAUCCUGAAGCCGAGUAUGAGCCAGAGGAGGAUGAAAAGAAAAAGCCCGAGGAACUAAAAGACAGUAGUCAAUUAGACAACUUUGAUGGUAAAUUCGUUAAUCCUCGUGACCCUAAAAUAGAAGAAGUAAUAAAAGAGAGUUCGGUAUUGGCGGCCAAUCAUAUCAGUAAAACCAUAGACAGACGAAUUGGCUAUUGUGCCAAAAAAGCCCAUGAUGCUUACAGCAAACACUCCAAAAGGCAAAAAGAAAGAUUAGCCUUAAAAGGAAAAUCACUAGAAGAAGCUCGAGAAGACAAUAAAAAGGCUCGCGAAGAAGAAAAGAAAACUCGUGAUGAAUUAGAAGAACAAGAAAGAAAAAAUAAAGAGUUAGAAAAGGAAUUAGAACAGGCUCGCAAUAAAGUUAAUGACCCCUCACUUUCUGAAGAAGAAAGAGCUAAAUGA